UGACAUUUUUAAACCAGCCCCUUUCCUGGCUCUCUCUUUCUUUUCUUUUUCGGAUCAUAGUGGGAGGGAAUCAGCCAGCUCUGGAGAGAGAAGAGAUGGUGGAGAUCAUGGUAAACUAACAUUUGGUAGGACAAGUGGCUUCAAAAAGAACAGCAGUGAAACCAGAGUAGCUGAGGAAGAGCAGGAAGACGUCCGAGGAGUGCUGAAGAGGCGAGUGGAAACUCGGGAACACACAGAGGAGAGUCUGAGGCAGCAGGAAGCUGAGCAACUUGAUUUCCGUGACAUUUUAGGCAAGAAAGUCAGCACCAAAAGUUUUUCUGAGGAGGAACUGAAAGAAAUCCCAGCCGAGCAAAUGGACUUCCGAGCAAACCUGCAGCGGCAGGUCAAACCCAAGACCUUGUCAGAGGAGGAAAGGAAAGUCCAUGCUCCUCAGCAGGUGGACUUCCGCUCCGUGCUGGCCAAGAAAGGCACCCCAAAAGCCCCAGUGCCAGAGAAGGCACCACCUGCCAAACCUGCCGUUACAGAUUUCAGGUCUGUGCUGGGCUCAAAGAAGAAGCCACCUGCAGAGAAUGGCAGCGCUAACACCCCAGCACCAAACGCCCGCACCAACGCUGAAGCCCAGAACGCGACCCCCAACUCUCAAGCCCCUGUUGCCAAACCAGCAGUGAAAAAAGAAGAGAAGAAUGACAGAAACUGUGAACAUGGGUGUGCAGUGGUGGAUGGCGGAGUAAGUGGGAAAAAAGCUGAAAACAAAGCACCAGCAAGCAAACCACCAGCGAGCAAAGGAACAGCACCCUCCUUUACAGAGAAGCUUCAGGAUGCUCAAGUAGAAGAUGGUGAAAAAUUGGUCUUACAAUGUCGGAUUUCCUCUGAUCCCCCUGCAGCUGUCACCUGGACUCUAGACAGCAAACCCAUCAAAUCAUCAAAGUCCACUGUCAUCUCCCAAGAAGGGACACUCUGUUCACUCACCAUUGAGAAGGCCACGCCUGAAGAUGGGGGCGAGUACAAGUGCAUGGCUGAGAAUGCAGCAGGAAAAGCUGAAUGUGCUUGCAAAGUGGUGGUAGAAGAUGCCUCAAAGACCUCGAAGACUACUGAGAAGGCUAAGACCAAGAAGCCUAAGACCACACUUCCCCCAGUGCUGCCAACAGAGAGUGAAGCAACUGUGAAGAAGAAACCAGCUCCAAAGACUCCUCCCAAAGCAGCUGCUCCUCCUCAGAUUACUCAGUUCCCAGAAGAUAGAAAAGUCCGUGCAGGUGAAGCAGUGGAAUUGUUUGCCAAGGUGGUAGGAACAGCACCCAUAACUUGCACCUGGAUGAAAUUCCGUAAGCAGAUUCAAGAAAGUGAAUAUAUUAAGAUUGAGAAUGGUGAAAACAGCAGCAAGCUAACAAUAUCAUCAACAAAGCAAGAACACUGUGGAUGUUACACCCUAGUUGUAGAGAACAAACUUGGCAGCAAACAAGCACAAGUCAACCUUACAGUUGUUGACAGACCAGACCCACCUGCCGGAACACCCUGUGCAUCAGACGUACGGAGUUCCUCCCUCACUCUCUCGUGGUAUGGCUCCUCUUAUGAUGGUGGAAGUGCAGUGCAGUCCUACACCGUGGAGAUCUGGAACUCAGUGGAUAACAAAUGGACAGACCUCACGACCUGCCGCAGCACCUCCUUCAACGUGCAGGACCUGCAGGCUGACCGGGAGUACAAAUUCCGUGUGCGAGCUGCUAACGUGUAUGGAGUCAGUGAGCCCAGUCAGGAAUCUGACCUGGUCAAAGUUGGAGAGAAACAAGAAGAACCUAAAGAGGAUGAAGCGGAGCUAUCUGAUGAAGAGGGGAAAGAAACAGAGAUGGAGUAUCGGACGGUUACUAUCAACACAGAACAAAAAGUGUCAGAUGUCUAUAACAUUGAAGAAAGAUUGGGAUCGGGGAAAUUUGGACAAGUCUUUAGGCUUGUUGAAAAGAAGAAUGGAAAAGUUUGGGCAGGAAAAUUUUUCAAGGCAUAUUCUGCUAAAGAAAAAGAAAACAUAAGGGAUGAAAUCAGCAUCAUGAACUGUCUACAUCAUCCAAAACUUGUCCAAUGUGUAGAUGCCUUUGAAGAAAAAGCCAACAUCGUUAUGGUCUUGGAAAUGGUUUCUGGAGGAGAACUCUUUGAACGAAUCAUUGAUGAAGACUUUGAACUGACAGAGAGAGAGUGCAUUAAAUACAUGAAGCAGAUUUCAGAAGGAGUUCAGUACAUUCAUAAGCAGGGUAUUGUCCACUUGGAUUUGAAGCCAGAAAAUAUUAUGUGUGUCAACAAGACCGGUACAAGCAUCAAACUCAUUGACUUUGGACUUGCAAGAAGAUUAGAAAAUGCAGGUUCUCUGAAAGUUCUCUUUGGGACACCUGAGUUUGUGGCUCCUGAAGUUAUAAACUAUGAACCUAUUGGAUAUGAAACAGAUAUGUGGAGUAUAGGAGUUAUCUGCUACAUUUUGGUCAGUGGGCUUUCUCCUUUCAUGGGAGACAACGACAACGAAACCCUCGCCAAUGUCACCUCAGCGACGUGGGACUUCGAUGAUGAGGCUUUUGAUGAAAUCUCUGAUGAUGCCAAGGACUUUAUCAGCAAUCUACUAAAGAAAGACAUGAAGAGUCGCUUAAAUUGUACUCAAUGUCUUCAGCAUCCCUGGCUGCAAAAAGACACCAAAACCAUGGAAGCCAAAAAGCUUUCCAAAGACAGGAUGAAGAAAUAUAUGGCCAGAAGAAAAUGGCAGAAAACAGGCAAUGCUGUCCGAGCAAUAGGAAGGCUGUCGUCCAUGGCAAUGAUUUCUGGUAUGAGUGGGAGGAAGGCCUCUGGGAGCUCGCCUACCAGCCCUAUAAAUGCAGACAAAGCAGAGAACGAAGAUGCUUUCCUUGAAGAAGUGGCUGAAGAAAAACCCCAUGUAAAGCCAUAUUUUACUAAAAAAAUCCUUGACAUGGAGGUUGUGGAAGGAAGUGCUGCUAGAUUUGACUGCAAAAUUGAAGGCUAUCCUGACCCUGAGGUAAUGUGGUACAAGGAUGAUCAGCCUGUCAAGGAGUCACGUCACUUCCAGAUCGAUUAUGAUGAGGAAGGGAACUGUUCUCUGACUAUUGCUGAAGUAUGUGGGGACGAUGAUGCCAAAUACACCUGCAAAGCUGUUAACAGCCUUGGGGAAGCCACGUGCACCGCAGACCUCCUCGUGGAAACAAUGGGAAAAGAAGGAGAGGGAGAAGGAGAAGAAGAAGAUGAGGAGGAGGAAGAAUGAAACAAGGCUAAAAAAAAAAAAA